GUCGACUUCCGGGGCUCACAGAGUUCCGCAGCAGAAGGGAGGUCUCUUCCCCCGAAGAAGGAAGGAGGCGGUGAUGGGGCUGGCUGGCAGGCUGUAGGUACCAGUACUUCCUGCUGUUUAAGAUGCCGUCGCGGACGAAUUUAGCAGCUUCGAUCCCCAGCAGCAAAGUGAAAUAUUCCAAGCUUGCUAGCACAGAUGAAGGCUAUAUUGACCUGCAGUUCAAGAAGAGCCCUCCCAAGAUUCCCUACAAGGCCAUUGCGUUGGCGACGGUGCUGUUCCUGAUUGGCACACUUCUCAUUAUCAUUGGCGCUCUCCUCCUCACAGGAUACAUCAGCCAAGGAGGCACAGAUCGAGCCAUCCCUGUCUUGAUUAUCGGGAUCCUGGUGUUCCUCCCAGGCUUCUACCAUUUGCGCAUUGCUUAUUUCGCUUCCAAAGGCUACAGGGGCUAUUCCUACGAUGACAUCCCUGAUUUUGAUGACUAGUAGGCUGAAGGAUGUUAAGAAGUUUGGUGCAGUAGGAACUUUAUCACAACCUGGCGCCAGGAGGAAAAGGCAUCUAAGAUAAUCAAAUAGCCCUAUCAUUGGAUGAUGCAACUUUGCAGCUUUUGUCAAAAUUGAGGACAGGGGGUCUCUGUAGGAUUUCUCUUUCUCUCGCUGACUAGCCGGAGAAUGUUGCCACAUAACAUGAAGUAGAUCAUGUGAGCGACUGUCAGGAGAAACGUUUCUUCUUUCAGAAGGGAAGUUCUUUGGGGGCGGCUAUAUGCAGCUGUGCCUCUUCCCCAUCAGGAUGUGUGGGGCUAGUUUGAGUGAGAAAAAGAAACUCAGGUUUUUAAAUCUAUUAUUAUUUGACUGUUGUCUCCACGUGCAAAGUGAAGAUCUGGAAAAAGUGACUAAUGACUGCACGAUAACAAAAACUGCAGGCAAAGGAUCAAGGCUCUAGAAGUUUAGCUUACUGGGCAAUUGAUUGAAAAUGAAGAAAAACUGGGGAGGGGUGGUGGUGAUGUAGCACCAUUGGCAACGGAAUAUUUACCAAGGAAGCCUGCUUAUGGCAGGUAUUGGUUCUCCCUAACGCUUUGCUAAACUCCUGUCAAACAAAAGGUGGGAUGUUAAAACAUUGCUUGUGUAGAACUCUAAGAGCAGAUCUGGAAGGGGUGUGGAGUGUGCAGCUGUUGUGGCUCAGGCUGCAACUUAACACUCAAUGCCGUAACAGGGUCCAUCAGAAGACAAUACAGUUCAUUCUUUUAUCAUAUCCUGUGAAUUGGCUUAGGGCAGAUUCCAACAAGAAUCAAAACUAGGUGAUUCAUUUAAAAAUGUCUUUAUGCUAGAACAUCCCUAAAAGUAAAUUCCUGGCUAACACCCCCUGCCCCCGUUCUUCACGAGGACACGCAUCGUUGCUAUUCCCUGUCUCUCAAACAAUGAGGUCAAGAGCAAAAAAAUCAAAACUCUCACCAGGUGGCUAUCCCCAUCAAACAAAACAGGGAAAGGAACCUGCAUGCGCUUGCGCUCCAUGGCAACAAAGAGAUCGUUGAUGUCACCCUUCAGCUUUCUGGAUGAUCCUAAACCCACUGAAGUUGGCCCAUGCGUCCUUCUGGCUGACCUGGAACGGCUGUGGCUGGAGACUUCUUCCGGAGGUUAGACUGCUGUCUGGUUCAGCUUGAACUUGGCCUUCACAGGUGCCGUCGCAAAGGCUUAUCAGUAUUUUUUUCCCCUGGCAGACUUCAGCAGCUGCUGAGACGCAAUUAUAUGAAGAUGCCCUCAUUGUCUAUUCUGUGUCAUUGCAAUGCAAAGUUCCUGAGCCUUCCCCAUACCAGUGCCCUCAAAGUGUGUUGAAUUACAACUCCCAGUAUCCCCCAUCUGUGCUGGCUGGGGGCUGCUGGGAAUUGUAUUCCAACACAUCUGGAGGGCACCAGAUUGGGAAAGGCUGAUGUAUACAUAUACAUAGAAAUUCUGUCUACAUAAGAGGUAUUCAUUAACACUGUUUGUUCUUUCAUUUAAACCCUAUGUUCAAUUCUGCAUCACUGGCGAAAUUUACCAUUUGUAGAGUGCGGAAGAGGGUGUAAAUAUGCAAUGAGAAAUUAAUCUGCCAUUGCAGAAUAUGUAUUUAAUAUGAAUAAAGAGCAUAUGAUACUCUA